UAUAGAAACGUUAUUUGAAAAGAAAAAAGAAAAAAAAAAGAGGAAACAUUUUAUACGCACAAUAUACACACUUUACCUUAAUACAUGUCAUUUUUAUAGUUACGAGUUGAAAUGAUUCGAUAAAAUUCAAUUUUUAAGUUGAGACUGAAAAUAAAUAAUAGAUAUAAAUAUCAACUGUCAAUUGUUAUUUUGAACUUCUCUUCUUUGUACUAAUUAAAGAAAAAAAAAAACGAUGGAUUAUUCAAAGCAUAUUAGUGAACGUAGUAAAGCCAGAAACCCUUCUGCAAUUCGUGCAUUAAUGCCAUAUUUGAAUAGGAAGGAUAUGAUUUCACUUGGUGCUGGACAACCUAAUAUCGCUACUUUCCCUUUUGCUGGCUUAACAAUUACAUUGAAAACAGGUGAAAAGAUUGAGAUGGAUAAUAAUUUAUUUAAUCGAGCCUUGUCUUAUGAUUUGUCUAAUGGUCAACCUCUGUUGAAUGAAUGGUUAUGUGAACUUCAAAGAAAAGAGCAUAAACCUCAUGUUGAUUUUGCUCUUUCUAUAGGUUCUGGCUCUCAAGAUCUUUUAACAAAGGCACUUGAAAUGAUGAUCAAUGAUGGUGAUUCAGUCCUAGUAGAAACACCUACUUAUACAGGUGUUUUAUCCUUUCUUGAAACCUUAAACUGUGAUCUUGCAGAUGUAGCUACAGAUGAAUAUGGUAUCAUCCCUGAAUCUUUGGAAAAUAUGCUUGCUAAUUGGCCAGAGAGUAAUCCUAGUGGUAAGAAAGAUCAGCCUAGACCUCACUGUCUUUAUACAGUCCCUAGUGGUGGUAACCCUACUGGUAUCUCUGCUACCUUGGAACGAAAGCAAGCUGUAUAUAAGAUUUGUUCUAAAUAUGAUAUCAUCAUCCUUGAAGAUGAUGCUUAUUAUUAUUUACAGUUCACUGAAAAUCGAACCCCCUCUUAUUUCUCUAUGGAUCUAGACGGUCGCGUCUUACGUUGUGAUAGUAUGAGUAAAAUUUUAUCAUCAGGUCUUCGAUUAGGUUGGAUUACCGGUCCUAAACCUUUAAUUGAACGUAUCAAUAUGCAUACAAUGGUAACUAACCUUCAGCCCUCUGGUCUACCUCAGGCUAUCACAUAUACUCUUUUAGAGAAAUGGGGACACGAGGGCUUCUUCCUUCAUGUAAACCGUGUUGCUGAUUUCUAUCGUGAAAAGAGGGAUCAAUUUAUUGAAUGUUUGAACCGUCAAUUAAAGGGACGUGCUGAAUGGAUUGUACCUAAUGCUGGCAUGUUUGUUUGGCUUCGUUUAUUGGGUGGUAUUACUGAUUCUUAUGAUUUGGUCAUGACAAAGGCUUUAAAAGAAAAUGUCCUUGCUAUUCCUGGUAUUGCAUUUAUGCCACAUAAAACUAAAAAUGAAUAUAUCCGUGUCUCUUAUAGUAAUGUGACUAAAGAAGAUAUGGCUGAAGCUGUUCGUAGAUUGGCUCUUGUUAUUGAUAGAGAAGCUGCCCUGAAUGAUGUUAAAAUUAAUAGUGAUCUUUAAAUAGACUUUUUUUUUUCUAUUUUCCUCCCUCUUAAACUCCAAAUAUUGUAAUUAUAUUCAUAUACUUUCUUUUGAAAAAAAAAACCUGUACUUAUUUUAAAGUAUACUUUACAACAUAUAAUAAAAGUCUAUUAUUUAAUAUUAAUAAUUCAUUCUAAUCUAUCUCAUAAAUUAACAUAACUCAGCAUAGUUAUGUCACUUUUCAUAAACUGUUAUUAGAAAUAGUAGUAAUAAUCAAGAUGGUGUCAAUACUGUAUAACUACU